UCGUAGCUGUCAGUUCGCAUGCUGGCAGCUUUUGCCUGGACUCAGUCGUCACUCGUCUACCGGGGCAGAACGCCGUACGCGGCCUCCGGUGCUCCGCUUCUCCGGUCUUCCACCUCCUCCUUCGCCUUUUGUUACAAGCAGCACCCGGCGGGGGACCCACCAGACAACCGCGUUCAUGUAAUUAGCACACUGGGCUGGAAAAUGAUCAUCUGUACGAAUAAAAUGGAGUACCCGCUCAGAAGCCAGUACCAGAGAGUCCAGAAACAGGCGAUGGUGAGCAAGGAGAAGGAGCGCGCGUCUCUGGUGCUGAUGAAGACGGCGGCGGGCCGCGGCAGCCUGGACGCCGUAUCGCAGCAGAUGGCCUCGCACCCACAGUAUUUGGAAAGCUUCCUGCGAGCGCAGCACUACAUCUUGCACAUGGACGGACCUCUGCCGUUGCCCUGCCGCCAUUACAUCGCCAUCAUGGCAGCGGCACGCCACCACUGCAAUUACCUGGUCUACCUGCAUUCGGCCCAGUUCCUGAGGCUGGGUGGUGACCCCCUGUGGCUGCAGGGCUUGGAGGCGGCACCCUCGCGUCUGCGCCUGCUCGACCACAUCAACAAGGUGCUGGCUCACCAGCCCUGGCUGGCUGCCUGCUCGGACAUCAAGACGCUGCUGAAGUGCGGCGAACCGUGCUGGUCUCUGGCCGAGCUGGUUCAAGCCGUUGUGAUUCUGGCCCACUGCCACUCUCUAUGCAGCUUUGUGUUCGGUUCCAACGCUGCUGACUGGGGCCACCCGGCGCCCCCGAGCAAGUCUCCCAAUGGCACGCCGCCUACCUUCUGCGCCUUUGACGUCACUAACGGCAACCCCAACGGGCCUCAGUCAAUCGACAACGUCGCCGAACAAAUAACACGACGCUGGUCUGUGGACUCGGGUGGUGACCUGUUGAAUCUGAAGGACAAGAGCCAUAAAGCUCAUGAAGAGCGAGACAAGCGAGAAGAGCGUCUGCUGAACAACCAAGCCGAUGUUGAAGAAGAAGACGAGAUAAUGUACUUCGCCGACCCGUCUCGCUUCGUCACAGAGCCCGAUUUCGAUUACAAGGAAUUUGCCCGCAGAGACGAGGACCUUUUCCAAGUAUUUCGAGUUCAGGACUACUCAUGGGAGGACCACGGCUUCUCGCUGGUCAACCGCUUGUACUCUGACAUCGGCCACCUUCUGGACGAGCGCUUCCGAAAUGUCACCUCCGUGUCGUCCCCGCACGGCCCCGAACUGAAGAGGGCCGUCUGGAACUACAUCCACUGUAUCUUGGGAAUUCGGUACGACGAUUACGACUACGGGGAAGUGGACCGGCUCCUGAAGCGAGAUCUGAAGGUGUACAUCAAGGCCGUCACGUGUUUCCCCGACCCUAGCAAAAGUCCGGCGUCUCCACUUGGCUGGGCUUCUCUUAAAACAUCUGAGCGGAUCCACAUGAAUUUACUCAUCAUGGAGGCGCGUCUGCAAGCGGAGCUCCUUUACGCCCUGAGAGCCAUCACUCAGUACAUGAUCGCCUGAGAGCCUCUCGCAAGCGCACGCUUCUUUUUUUCUUCCUUCUCCAUCGAGGUACACCCGCUUGACGUGUCGACGUCUAAAUUAGGAAGAGCGCAUGUGUGCCCCAAAGAUGUGCCACACCGUCUCUCCCCAUGUGCAAUCCUGAAAAGACUUCAGACAGAACUCACAAAAUAGUAUUCAGCUUUUGGGUGACAAUUCACAUCAACUUUUACAGGUCAACUUCAUUUGACCUCCUGUAAACUCCUGAAUACAAUUAAUUGCCGACGUGGCCAGAAUUUCUUCUUGAUCAAAUACUUUUUGUGUGUUCAACUCUUUACUGUCAUGCAAAAAGUAGUGAAAUAAUGAACAGUUGUGCAUUCAAAAAUUGACAGAAGGUCGAAUUGAAUUCACACAAAAAGGCUCUUGAGCAUUUUAGACUCAUCUUGAAUUGAAGCCCAAUCUCUCCAGCUUUUUGUGCUUAGUACUGUAAGUAUUUAUACUGUUCCGUCAUGAACACUCUCCUUAUAAUAGUAGUUGUGUAGUUUUGUUGAAUGUUCUCCAAGGACAAUCCUCAUUCAGUAUUGUUUGAAGGACCCUUUUGGAUCUCCUGAGCUGUUUGUUCAAAAUAAUAAACCCAACAACCUUAGUUUCUUUUUAAACAAGCACUUUUAAAAAAUAAAAAUAAAGUAUAUAUAUAUAUUUAUAAUGCGAGGAAGCAAGCGAAAGACAGACGUGACGUGGGAUUUUUUUUAUUCGUAGACCUGCUGAAAAACGUUUGUGACUGACUGAAAACAUAAAAAACUUUGAGUAAGUUUGUACGUGAGCGCUUUGUGGUACAAACACACACACACAAAAAGAAGGUGUUGAGCCAUCGACAAAAUGAUUGUUUUUGUUUUCCUUGCUCAUUGAACAAAAUGGAUGUUUUUGUGCUUUAUGGAAAGAAAAUGCACGGUACCGUUUGGCAAACAGAACGAGACGCAAACAUGUUUUUUGAAGGAUUUGUGGGGGAAUUUGACAGCUUUUGUACACUGUUGUUGUUGUUGUUGUUGUUAUUGUGCUAUGAUUAGAAUUAGAACAUUUGACGAAGCACAAGUGCUUUUCAAAUUUAGGUCCCCAAAAAGUCGUUUGCAAAAAAAGCGCAUACCCAUGCCAAUGAAUCACUGACAUGCCUAAAUAGACGUGUAUGCAUGUGUGUGUAUAUAUAUAUAUAUACAUAUGAGUGUAUGUAUAGAACACACACACACACAUACACACGCAAAAUUUGUUUUUGCGAAGAUCAUGACCUUUUUCUUUGAAAAGAAAUGGGAAAAUAUUUUACAAAGUUGGUAAGGUUAGCAUUGUAUUCCGAGAAUAUACCUUUCUUUAACAUGCCUCAUCUCAUAAAAAAAAAAUUCCGCAAUCACCAACUUUUGAACUUUUCUGUCAUUUCUGGGCUGGAUAUACAUGAUAACUGGGAGUAUAAUUUCAAGAGGCUCCUUGGAAAAACUUCUCCGCUGGACUCAAAAGGUUUUCCAAAAUUUUCCCGUGGCAGUUGGAUGACAAAUAUGAAAGCAACGAAAGCACAGUUAGUCACCUUUAGGAUGGAAGCAGAGAGCUUGUGAUGAUCCCUGUCGCCUGCAGCGGCAUCGGAAACAAAAACAAAAGACCAGGGAAAAGAAUCCUCCAACUGACUUGAAGCAUUUGUUUCUUUUUUGUUUCCUCUUUGGAAACGACACCUGCAAAAACCCUGGAAACAAGGCAAAACGAACCUUUGACCCACACGGAUCUUGCAACCACACCAACCUGAACAAGACAUCAUUAUGGACACAAACGGAGCGACAUGAAAAAAAAAGAUGCAAAUAUAUGUGUUCCUUUCUAUAAAGAUGCUUUAUGAAAGAAAACAAAA